GGCUAGUGUGUAGAGUUUUGCAAAAAAUAGCCUAUAGUUUCAAAGAUAGUGCCUAAGCAAUCAGAAAAAAACGGCAUGGCAAGUAUGUAAUGGCAAGAGUUGUGGAACAGGGAGGGAAAGGGAAGACACCUGUAUAAGAUCCAGGAAAAGUUGGGGGAGGUCCUCGGGUCAACAGAGAAGGGAGGAAGACGUAAUCACAAGCCUGAAACUGGGACACACAAGGCUCAACAGCACUUUGAAAUUAGGGAAACAAUCCGACUGGGAAGUGUGAUCAAUGCCAGGAGAUGGAGACAGUGGAACACAUCCUAUUUCAGUGACAGCGAUAUGGGAGGGAACGGGACAGUUUUAUUAGUAGGAAUAAUGGCAUUGAACAGCCUAGUUUAAUUUAAUUGUUAAGAAAACCUUAAGGUGAUAUUGUAGUCAAUGAUGUAUUCCGAUAGGGAGAAUUGUUAAAUUGGGUAGGAUUCAACUUCAGACCUUAUCCAUCUCUGGUCCACAGUCCAGUAGGUGGCGGUAAUGCAUCACUAAAUUUGGUUGUCGAAGGCGAUUUACAAACCACUGAAGAAGUGUACACAGAAGUGACCAAAAAUUUUCACUUUAGCGUUUUUGUUGUUAUUUAGACGUUUAUUAACACCCUGGAACUCGAAAUAUGACUCAUUUAACUACACAGCAUCACAUACUUACCCCGGGUAGUUUUUAAUUCGCGUUGGGGACAGGACUUGGUGGAUAGGUCUGUUAAUAGGUAACUAACGCUAGCUAGCUGCAAACAAUGGCUAACUGUAUGGUUUUUCACACUCAAAUAGCCUCCAUCAUGGAGGUUCUAGCGAAUGCAGCCGUGGCAGAGAUCUGUAAACUCCUAGACGACGACUAUGCAGUGUGUCGUUUGGAAAUAACUCAAAGCCAGAAAGAAAACAGGACAUUGCGGAGAAAACUACUAGAACUGAAGGUGGCACGGGAGCGCGCAGAGAGGACAACGCGAGAGCGCGUCCUCGGCAGUCGUCCCAGUAGCGUCAAGAUCCUCGAUCGAUACAGAGGAAUGGCAAGAGGUGAAGGACAUCUCACUGGAGGCCACAGGACCUUUGUGAAGCCAGUGGGAUACAAUACAUGGCGAGAUGACCAACCAAUCACUGUUGAUGAGGGGAGUGGAACCUCAACCCAGCAUGUUAACGUGAUAGAGUCUGCAGAUGUAGUGGCUGCAGGUUCUGGAGGAUCGUCUCUGGUCAAGCAGGAGAAGUCUGAAGGAGAGGAGGACCCACGGUACAACAGAGACAUCCACCCUGUAGCCACGGAGGACCUACACACCGCUGCCGCGCCCAAGCCUAGGACACGGCACAGCAUCACGGAGGAGGAGGAGGGUCCAGAGGUGCUGCUGGUGAAGGAGGAGGGGUGUGAGGAGAGUCUGGGGAGCCCUGAGGGGACCAUGGUCAUGGAGGACAACCAGACUACACCUCCUCCUGAACCCCCAGAGGAACCAGCUGAGCAGCACAGGACCACACACAGUCUCACUGAGUCAGUAGACAUGGAGGAUGGGAAGCCUGAUCUGCUGCUGGUCAAAGAAGAGACAAUAGAAGACGGACCAGAGAGAAUUGAUCUGCUGAGUGGACUAAAGAUGGGGGAGCAAGGUGGUUGGUUGGAUGCUAACAGAGGAGACUGGAUGGCCAUCUUGGAUUCCCAGACCCAGACGGGUGCAGUCAAGGGCCCAGGAGACAACAUCACAGAGCAGGCCAGGACCAGACGCGACAUAGUGGAGGCCAGUGGAUGGGACAACGUCCUCAACUCUGGGCUGGGGCAAAACAACCAGAAACAGACAGUCAAACACAAAACAACAACCAAACUUAUUCUCCAAAACAACAGACUGGCUGAGACCAGGGCAAGGGGUAGAUUUGGUCCGCGGGGACGGGGAGGUGUCCAUAUGCGUCAGGAGAGUUCAGACACAGACUCGGCUAGUGAUGCUCCGUCCUGCUCCUAUAGUUGUGAUUCAGAGAGACUGAUUUUGCCUCAGGUUAACCCCCUAACAGGUGCUGCCUUCAGCCUGCCUUCUAUAGGAUCUAUCAACUGGGACAUGGACCCUGCGACAACACAGACUCUCCCUGGCCUUCAUCCUCCUCACACUCUCCUAAUGGUAAACCAGACCUCAGACAAUAUCAGUGCCUCAACACUAAAUGGCUACACAAGCCCAUUGACAAAUGACAGUAGUAGAGACGCUAUCAGUAGAUCCGGUGGCAAAGAGAAGCGCUUCCCAUGUUCGUUCUGUGGGAAAGCCUUUCGUUUCCCCAAACAGGUGGAGAUCCACCAAAGGAUGCACACGGGGGAGAAACCGUUCAGCUGCCACAUGUGUCAGGACAGUUUUUCACACUCGUCCAACCUGAAGAGACACCAAAGAAUCCACAGAGGGGAGAAGUCCUACAGCUUACCCAGUGUGAGAAGAGGUUCUCCCACCAGCUGAAGAUGCAGCUGAAGGUCCACAGGAGAGAGGCCGUUCGCCUGUACACACUGCGGGAAGAGGUACUUCAGGAUACACCAGCAGAAAUUCACACGGCCCAUGUAUAGAGUAUAGCCCUCAAACUCAUCUCUGGACCUCAAUGCCAGUUCCACAGCGUUUUUUUUUUCAUUGUUCUCCUCUAAAUCAGACACUGAUUUAGACCUGGGACACCAGGUGGGUGUAGGGCUGUUAGUUACAGUGACCGCCAUAGCGGCUGUCACGUCUCAUGACAGCAGUCAAACUCCACGUGACCAUUUAGUCACGGUAAUUAAGCUUCUCCAAGCUCUGAUGGUGCUGAUGAUCAUUAGUAGCCUACCAAACGUGCUAACUGCCUAGUGCUCAGCAUUCUGUUGUCCCUCUUAUCUCUCUAACAUCAAUGCAAAUGUAAUCAAACACUUCAUGAGAGCCGAUGUUGCACAACAUUUCUAUAGACUAUGCAAUUGCUUGAGAAAACAGAGUGAUGGCCUCCAUUUAAAAAGAGGAUCCCAUCAGAUUUCUAUAGGCUAGGCCUACUAUAUUUAUUUCUCAAUUUUCCUAAUAUUAAGCACAUUGUUUCUCUUUACCACAGGAGUACAACCUACCUGGCUGGCAUGAACCACGGGAAAAGUGUCCACCAUUAUUUAAGUGUAUUUUUCCCCCCUGCCCCUGUUUUGAGACAGGUCCAUUCUAAAUCAAAACUAAUUUCACCCUACUGUGUAGGCUUGGGCGGUAUACCGUGUACUUGGGCAUUUGGAAAUAGGCACGGGAUGUUUUUUUAAUACCAUUAACUAUUUUAUAUAUUUGAAUAUACUUGUCACUUAUUGUUUGUGCAAUAAAAGUAUUGUACUUCAACAUUAAGUGUGACCAUUUUGAUUAAAUGAAAUACAAAAUUGAUUGAUGACUGACUUGGUUAUUUUUGUGUCAUUGCAGGGACUGAGUUUCCCUUUUCUCCGUCUAACCAAAAUAUGUUAAUUCUUGAAACCAUUUUUUUUAAAUAAAAAAACUACAAUGGC